UGUUGGACGGUAACAAAUACUGCAGUCGUUUUGCUAGGCACGCCCCCGGACCUGUAGGCUACACUGGUGAACCAGGACCUAUCCAAUCUGGUUUGGUUAGGUCUGGGAGGGGAGUUCACGUACAUCUGCUGCAGUGUGGUCUAUUUAGUUUCCUACAGAAACGAGGAGAGCCACGAAGACCGAGGUGACUGUUUACGCUGUCACAGUCUGUCAAAGUGAUUAGGCUUACCGCUACUUCCGGUUAUAAGUUAGCACAACAGCAGAUAUCAUGGAUGAUGACCUGAUGUUUAGCAUGGAGGAGGAAGGCAGCAUCAAGAGACCUUCUGUUCAACCAAGUACUCCCAACCGAUUGGCAUCCUCCCUCAGUGAUGAUGAUGAUGAUGAUGAUGAUGAUGAUGAAGACCCCAUCAUCUGCCCUAUUCUGGACGACUCGGCCAAAGAAUCCUGUCACUACAUCAACAAUCUAGUUAACAAUCGGCAGCUGUCAAGGUCUCUUCCUAAGAGCAACUUUUUGUACCAGAAUGAAACAGAAAAAGUGGCAGAACCUAGGUCAUACAAGGUUUUGUCUGAGAGCGCACGGAAAACAUGGAAAAUUGCAAUUGAAAAAGCCAAAGCAAUGCCCGACCCCUGGGCACAGUUUCAUCUGGAGGACAUCGAGACUGAAGCCUGCAUUCGAUAUAGGUACAGUGCCGUCACUGAAGAAUGGGCUCAGGACCAGAUUCACAUCAAGAUGGCUGCCCAGCCAUUUGGGAAAGGGGCCAUGAGGGAGUGCUUCAGAACGAAGAAGUUGUCUAAUUUCUCACACAGCAGCAACUGGAAGUCAGCAUCUAACUACGUGGCCAAGCGUUACAUGGAAACAGUGGACAGAAAUGUUUACUUUGAGGACGUUAGGCUGCAGAUGGAGGCGAAGCUCUGGGGAGAGGAGUACAACCGCCACCGACCUCCCAAACAGGUGGACAUCAUGCAGAUGUAUGUGGUGGAGAUGACAAACAGACCAGGUAAACCUCUCUACCAUCUUGAACAUUACAUUGAGGGCAAGUACAUCAAAUACAACUCCAACUCAGGCUUUGUGAAGGAUGACACCAUCCGACUCACCCCACAGGCCUUCAGUCAUUUCACGUUUGAGCGGUCUGGACACCAGCUGAUUGUGGUGGACAUCCAGGGAGUCGGAGAUCUUUACACCGACCCUCAGAUCCACACAGAGAAGGGGACUGACUUUGGAGAUGGAAAUCUUGGUGUGCGAGGCAUGGCGCUGUUCUUCCACUCUCACCUGUGUAACAAGAUCUGUAAGAGUAUGGGCCUAACCCCUUUUGACAUCUCGCCUGCAGAGAAGUCACAGCUGGACGGCACCAACAAACUGCUUAAAUCAGCCCAGACAGUGCUGAGGGGCUGCGAGGAGCCCUGUGGUUCUCCUCGUGUCCGAACCCUGUCAGCAAGUCGCGCUCCUCUGCUGUUAUCCCGCCUGUCUGAGACAUCUUCUGCAGAUGAGUCCAUGAGCGACGUGGAGUCAAUUCCCUGCUCCCCACUCAUCCUCCACUCUAUGGGCAAGUCACCUAUCAGCUCCUCCUUUAUUGGAAUGUACGAACAGGAAAGACUCAACAAUAUCAACACAGGUGAACACAAGGAAUCUGAAAGUGGCGGUGACAGCGGAUAUCCCAGUGAGAAAAGGAGUGAAGGCGACCCAAAUGACCACGUAGAUGGGAGGAAGAUGGUAGCUCCUCCAAGAGUCUCUGCCAACUUAAACUCAUACACUCCUGACAACCAGUCGCUGACAGAAGAAAAGUGGAGCUUCUUCCAUUCGUCCCGCGCUCACGUCCACCGAUCUUCCUGUGUGGCCACUGAGGUGGAGCGACUCAGCACACUGCUGCAGAAGAAGAUUGGUCAGUCAAACCUCGGAAAGGUCCAUCUGGCAAUGGUGCGGUACCAUGAAGCAGGUCGUUUCUGUGAGAAGGACGAGCCGUGGGAUCAGGAUUCUGCCAUGUUCCACCUGGAGAGGGCUGCUCUGUGUGGAGAGCUGGAGGCCAUUGUCGCCUUGGGACAGUGCUGUCUUCAACUCCCUCAUCACAUACUGCCAGACAUGGCGCUGGAGGAUAAUGCAGGAAACAGGAUGAAAGGGUUCAAGUAUCUGUUGCAGGCUGCUGAAGCUGGUGACAGAUCCUCUAUGAUCAUAGUAGCCAGAGCCUUUGAUACUGGAAUCAAUCUGUCAGCUGACAGAAAGCAGGACUGGGAGGAAGCCAUUCACUGGUAUGACAGUGCGUUGAACAUGACAGACUAUGAUGAGGGAGGAGAGUUUGAUGGGACACAGGACGAGCCUCGCUACCUGCUGCUGGCCAGAGAGGCAGAGAUGUUCCUGGAGGGAGGCUACAACCUCACUGCAGAUCCACAGAGAGCAGGUGAUCUGUUUACAGAAGCUGCAGAAGCUGCCACGGCGGCCAUGAAAGGCAGGUUGGCUAACCAGUACUACAUGAAAGCCGAAGAAGCCUGGGCGCUAAUGGAGGAGUAACUCAGGAUACACACUUGCAUCUCACAAAGGCCGCGGUAGUAGCCUGACUGAGACACAGUCUGAUUUUUACACAUUCAGGAUGCAAUCUGAAUGUCACAGUUUACAUAUUUUGUAUUACAGAAUGUUUUGCUAUUGGUUUGUGUGGGUGUGUGUGCUUAGCAUUCUAGCACCAGAUGUACAACUGUUUCAUCUUGACUCCGUUUCUUUUAUUUCUUGUCUUUCCUUUAUGUUAAAGUGACUGUUGUUGCAUGAAAGAGAAGGCCUGGAGAAUCAAAGCAAAGAAAGUGGUUCAUUUAAUUUUCCACAAAUUUUGACAAAUGAUGAAAGAAUGUAUGUAAAAUGCUUGGAGUAUAAAAAUGUAAAAUAAC